UAACCGGUCACACUUCCUUUCCACGCGACCAACAACACAAAAAACGUGUGUUUUGGUCAACUGCGUGUUUUUUAUUAAAUAAAUCUGUAUAAAACAGAUUUAACUUGACAAAAAGUCCAUUUUCAUAAACCGACAAUAUGAGGCGACCCAAAAAGUACGAAUCCGGCGAGGCUACGCAGUAUAUUAGCCGGCGAGCUGCUAUCAGAAAACUCCAGCUCUCCCUGAAUGAUUUUCGCAGACUGUGCAUCCUGAAAGGUGUUUAUCCCAGGGAACCAAAACACAGGCGUAGGGCCCAGAAGGGAUCUUCGGAAAUCAAAGUCCUUUAUCACACCAAGGACAUCCGUUUCCUGCUCCACGAGUCGAUUGUGUGGACUCUGCGUGACUACAAGAUCUUUGCUAAGAAAAGCAAUCGUGAUCGCGCCAUCAAGGAUUUCCGUAAUCUGAAACGUCGAUUGGCCCUGUUUCCGGAAAUCAAACUCGAUCACAUUGUCAAGGAGCGCUAUCCCACCUUCAUUGACGCACUAAAGGAUUUAGACGAUUGUUUGACUCUGCUCUUCCUGUUCAGUACUUUUCCAUCGCUGCAUUUGAUUCCCAGGGAGCAGUCGAACCUGUGCCGUCGCCUGACCAUCGAAUUCUUGCACUAUGUUAUCGCCUCGAAGUCCCUCCGCAAGGUUUUCAUCUCAAUCAAGGGAUACUACUUCCAGGCCGAGAUCAAGGGCCAGAAGGUUACCUGGAUUGUGCCACACUACUAUCCCUUCAAGCCCCAAUCCCGACAGGAGGUUGACUUCAAGGUGAUGUCCAUCUUCGUGGAGUUUUACACCAUUAUGCUUGGCUUCACCAACUUCAGGCUGUUCCAUAGCCUGAAUCUUGCGUAUCCACCACAGUUCCCGACCAGCGUGCUUCAGGACAGCGAAGAAUCACUGAAGGACGAGGCCAGCUUCGUAUCUGAUCGUAUUGCAGCGCUUAACUUUGAGUUGCUGCGUACGGACAAGGUACAGGAGGACGAGGAAGAACUGGACAUCGACAUGGAGCUGUUGGAGCAAGACGGUGACUCAAAGCGCAUCAUUAAAAUGAAGCAGGAGGCCCAGGAAGUGGCCCGUCUGCGCACCCUCUUUAAGGGUUUGAAGUUCUUCAUCAACCGUGAAGUUCCACGUGAGCCCUUGGUCAUACUCAUCCGUUCCUUUGGCGGCAAAGUGUCCUGGGACUCGUCCGUCUUCGCUGGCUCUGCCUACGAUGAAAGUGAUGAGACUAUCACUCACCAGAUCGUCGAUAGGCCCAGCAUUGCCACACAAUACAUCUCGCGGGACUACAUCCAGCCGCAGUGGCUCUUUGACUGUGUCAACCAGCGCCAGUUGUUGCCCACCAACAAGUACUUCCUGGGCGAGAAGCUGCCACCACACUUAUCGCCAUUCGUAGACUCCAAGAGGGACACCUACAUCCCACCAGAAGAGAAGGCCCUGCUAGACCCCUCCCUGAUCGAAACACACGCACAAAGCGAUGACGAUUCUGAGGAUGAACCUGAGAAGGAGGAAGAAGAGACUGUGGACCAGGAGCUGCUCGACGCGCAGCUACAGCUGGCUUACCAACAGGAAACCGCCGAAUACAAGAAAUAUGGCGGUCCCGAUGGCGUUAACGAAGACGAAGAGGAUCCUGAAAUUGACGAUGAAGACGAUGAAGAUGAGGAGGAGGAGGAAGAAGUUGACGAGAAGACCAAACGCCUAAAGCAGGAGAAGGACAAGAUGUCCGUGCAAUCAGGCAAGGUGCACAAGGUCAACAAGCGUCAAGUGCACAAGGCCGAAGUUGAUGAGCACCGUCUGCAGGCGCGUAUGGUGAAACCCCGCCAUCGCAACCUGUUCCGUAAACUCAUCCGCGAGAAGCAGACCAAGGAGAAGGAAGAAUGGCUGCUGCGCAAAAAGCGAAAAACCUUUGAGGCUGGCGAGAAGGAAGCCCGUAAGACGGCCAAGCGGGAAGCCCGCAAGGAGGCGGCGGCCGCUGCUGCCAAGGCUUCCAAGCUGGGCAAGUGAGCUGGUCAUAGGCUCGGGGGGUUCUGUGUCUUGAUUUAGGUUUAAAUAAUAAACAAUGAAAAUGUAAAAGAA